CUCGAUGAAAUGGAUAAACAUCCAUACAUAAAAGACCAUUAUAUAGUCAUGGAUAAUUCACCAUUCACACACAUGAAAACAUAAAGAAGUAUGUUGAGUAUCGAUAUAAAUGUGUGUAUUUUCCUCCUUACUCUCUCGAGCUUAACCCAAUAGAACAAUUCUGGGCAGUGGCAAAGAGCAAGGUUAAGCGCCAUAGGUUUUUACAGGAGGACACUUUAUCAAAAAGAGUUACGAAAGCCUGCAAAAGUUUGGAAAAAAGUCACUUCAAAGGGUUCGUUUCGCAUUCUUACAAGUGCUGGGAUAAAUGUCGAAAUAAAGAGUACAUGUAAUGGCCACUAAUGACGUUCACCCAAUAUAAAAGCGAUCAAUUAUGUUGUUAUCUGUACUUUUUUUAAAAUAGCUUGGUCAAAAAAAGAAAUGCAAUUGCCCGCAUGUUUGAAAAUAAAUUGGUCAAGGAAAUAUUUUGUAUUUGAUUGCUUUGUAGAAACAAAGUUUUCUCUCACAUUUAAUAGUUUUAAAAAAAGCAGUUUUUUCCACGAAGGCGGUUGUGCUAACAUUGUCGAUGACAAAGGAAAAGAAGCAACAACCUUUGUUGAGGAGAAGUCGUUCCAAUUGAGUUGUCAAAAAUAAAAAGCUCAGCUAGAAGCAGCUGUUCCUUGCGAUGUGGUAAUGAAAGAGCCUGUCCCUAAAAGAAAGAGCUA